AGCAAAUACGGGGUCUUUAAGGGGCAAGAGCAUCCCUGCACCAGGGCACGGAGCCGAAGGUUGGAUUUCAUUCUCCACUUGAACUGUGAAGAGUGUAUUGUGGGAGGGGCAGGCAGAAGUCCAUGCCCAGAUGCCCCCAGAAGCAUGAGGCCAGGGACUCCGGCCCUGCAGAAAACCCCAGAACAAUGAUGUCUGUCCUCAGCGGGGCCAUGUGGAGUGCCACCUCGAGGAGUGCCAGGCCCUCUCCUGCCCCCAUGGCUGGGCAAAGGUGCCCCAGGCUGACAGCUGCUGUGAGCGAUGCCAAGCUCCCACCCAGUCCUGCGUGCACCAGGGCCGUGAGGUGGCCUCUGGAGAGCGCUGGACUGUGGACGCCUGCACCAGCUGCUCCUGCAUGGCGGGCACCGUGCGUUGCCAGAGCCGGCGCUGCUCACCACUCUCGUGUGGCCCCGACAAGGCCCCUGCCCUGAGUCCUGGCAGCUGCUGCCCCCGCUGCCUGCCCCGGCCAGCUUCCUGCAUGGCCUUCGGAGACCCCCAUUACCGCACCUUCGACGGUCGCCUGCUGCACUUCCAGGGCAGUUGCAGCUAUGUGCUGGCCAAGGACUGCCACAGCGGGGACUUCAGUGUGCACGUGACCAAUGAUGACCGGGGCCGGAGCGGCGUGGCCUGGACCCAGGAGGUGGCGGUGCUGCUGGGAGACGUGGCCGUGCGGCUGCUGCAGGGCGGAGCAGUCACUGUGGAUGGGCACCCAGUGGCCUUGCCCUUCCUGCAGGAGCCGCUGCUGUAUGUGGAGCUGCGAGGACACACUGUGAUCCUGCAUACCCAGCCCGGGCUCCAGGUGCGGCUCCAGGGCGAGUCUGGGUGGGCUGCCUGCUGGGAGCUUCAGUCCUGUUUAGGCCUCUGUAUCUAUAGGGGGGUGGGGAUGCCAGCUACCUCCUGGCCAAAAGAGGCCAGGAGUGGGGUGCAGGGCUGUGAGGGGAGGUGGAUCAGGGUCAGAGAUCUCCCCGGGCAGUCAGAGGAGUUCUGAGUUCUGAGACUGAUUUCUAAUCUUGACUCAGCCUCUUAAGUCACCAACAGCCUCCCCUGGGCCUCAGAUUUCUCAUCUGUAAAGUGGGGAAUGGGAAGGGUCAGUGGCAGUGGGGAGGAUGUCAGCUAAAGUCUCCUGGCGGGUGUCUCA